AUGAUUGAUUGUAAUCCAUGUGAUUCUCCAGUAACUAAGGGAGCAAGAGUAUCCAUACAUGAUGGUAUAAAACUACAAGAUGCUACUGAGUUUAGAACUAUUGUAGGAAGCUUGCAGUAUUUGACAAUUACAAGACCCGACAUUUGUUUUGGUGUGAAUUAUGUGUCACAAUUCAUGCAUUCACCCACAGAUAUACAUUUUCAGUUAGUUAAGAGAAACCUAAUAUAUUUAAAAGGUACUAUUGGUCUAGGAAUCACUUUGAGAAGAGAUAGUUUGAAGCAUUUAAAAGCAUAUACAGAUUUAAAUUGGGCAGGCUGUCCACAUACAAAGAGAUCAACUUCAGGAUAUGCUGUGUUUUUGGGGUCAAAUUUGAUUUCUUGGUCUUCUAAGAAACAACCAACUGUUUCUAAGUCUUCAACUGAAGCUGAGUAUAAAUGCUUGUCUGUGGAUUCUGCAGAAUUGAAAAAUGGCUUGACCAAGCAUAUAGAAAUACAGUAUCAUACUGUGAGAGAAUUAGUGGAGAAGGCUCCACAGUUAUCUUCAACCAGUGAUUCUGCAGUUUCUUCUUCAGACAACGCUUCUGCAGUUACUUAG